AUGCCCGAAGCGCAUACGUCCGUAAAAAUAGAACGCCGAGUUGAUGCAGAGACAAAAACGACGGAGACACCGCGGACAGACUACGGCAGAGAGAGGACAGAGAGAGCAGAGCACCACCGCUUCGCUUCAUUUGUACAAACUUUUUUUAUUUCAAACAUCGACAUCAUGGCCAGUAGUUGUUGUGACAACAAUAAAAAAAGCCCUGAAAUGAAAUCAAGCUAUUUUAUAGGUAGACAUGACGAGAGAGAGAAAUUGAAAACAUUUCUGUGUGAAAGUGACCUACCUCUGAUUCAGAUCUACGGCCUUCCUUACGUCGGCAAAACACAACUUGUUAAAACUGCUCUCCAAGAAAUAAUCCUUGAGAUCUCGCCACAACCUCUCCAUUGGGAUUAUUUCUGCAUCAGUAACGACACUGAAUGGUCAACAAUCCAUGAAUCUUUGAACAAGUUCCUCUCCUCGUCCAAUGCUCCACCACCUCAUAUUUACGUUUUGGAUGAUUUCCAUAAACUAAGACCGAGUGCUUGGCCGUCGUUUCAACAAAUCUGUGAUACAGUCUUUAUUCGUUUCCCUUCUACCAGAAUAGUUUUAGUGGUUAGUGGUUGGAAAGCAUUCACUAUUACAGGCAUUGCUUAUGAGAAAUUGAAGCUUCAGCCCUUAAGUCUCGCUGAAUCAACGUCACUUUUCUGUCGCCGGUCUGGACUGGCUAUCUCGGAAGAGACUGAGGCCUGCGUGAAUUACUUAGUUGAGAGCUGCAAUUCCCUUCCUGGUCUUCUGGUACGCCUAUCUGAUCGCCUUGAGGAUUUGCUAAAGAUGAUGUCCCUCGAACAUAUUUGUCACUGUCUUAAUACAGCUGAUAAUUUUUACGAUUGUUUGACUUCUUCGAUGCCUCUGAGUCGAGAUGCAGCCAUUUUUGACUGUUUUGAAGAGUAUAUAACAAACUUGCCGCCUACCCAACAGCGUGCCUUGUCCAUUUUAUCAUGUUUUGAUGGCCACUUUGGCGUAGACGUUGCGACUAAAAUGAUCGAAACAGACAGACAAAGUACGUUUUAUAAUUUAGUGUCACUUGUGGAACAAAAAGUGAUUACUUCGGAUGUUGAUUUUAAGACGUUUCGAAUACAACGAAUUGCACGAGAUUUUGCCGACCAGCGGUUAAAGCACCUACGAUGCAACGACGUGAUUAAGCUCAAAUACAUUAAUAUAAUCGGUGAAGCGCUCGUAAAGGCUCAAGAUAUCUACAAUCGGGGCCUUCUAACUGAAGCCAUUGGUAUUAUCAACGAAAACUGGGAGAAUAUUGAAAGUCUGAUGCGUCAAGGUGUUCACCACUCAUCUGAUCAAAAUAUCUUCCCUGCGUAUUACCAAAUAGCCCUUCAAGCUGAAAGCGUUUUAUCAUCCUGCUACCCGAGGGCUGCAAAAGAUUUCUUUCGUGGAUGUUUGGAUAACUCUUAUCUGUUUGGGGACAGAGAAGAACAGGCCUUAAUGAAGGCGACAUAUGGACGUUCCAUCACCGCCUAUCCAGAUAUUGGAGGCUAUCAAGAAGCAAUGAAAUAUUAUCAAAUGGCCUUACCCGUUCUAAAAGCACGUGGCUUGAACUACAGAUGUUUACUACUCUACACGAGUAUGGGCUUUAAUUAUUACAUGCAAGGAAAGUACAAGAAAGCUAUCAAUGCAACUGAAAAAGGCUUCAAUUUAGAAGUAACUGACCGAUCGGAAAAUGAAGUACUACGCGCCAAAGUAACCUGUGCCUCAAUAUUAGCCUACAAUCUAGGUUUUGAAGGCCAAAUUGCUAGAGCCGAAUCACUGUUAUUGGAAAGCAUGAAAAGUCUGGGCGAUUCCGAACAUCCCACUAUGUCGGUCAUGCUGAAUUCUAUGGGAUUACUCGCCGAAAGAAACGGAAAUCAGGUAGAGAAAGCUCUCAAUUGGUACAUGGCAUCAUUGUCCAGGAGGCGGAAAAUAUCGUCCAUCAACCGAGAGAAAUUGGUGGUCAGUCUAUGCAAUGUUGCCAAAUUGUUGUCAAGACAUAAAGGAAAGCACGUUGCUGCUCUCCGAUUAUUAAUGGAAGCGAAGGCAAUCAGGGAAGAAUACGGUUGGAUUCAUCUAAAUUCGGCACUUAUUCAGCGCUAUAUUUCCGACGUAUACAAAAGACAAGGUAAAACCAAAGAAUCCAUUCCCUAUGCCGAAGAUGCCCUCAACAUCUACACAAGCAUCAACCCUGAUUAUUACGGAAUAACGGAACUCGUAGCUGACUUGGCCCACUCUUACAUUCUGAUAAAACAGCCCAAAACUGCUCUUUCAUGCUUCCAGAAAAUUUAUGAUAAGAAACACACAAUACUGGAAGAUCACUCGUCUGAAUGUUAUUUGUCUGGAGCAUUGGAACAUAUUGUUCGGCUAAACAUUGAUAUUUUACAUAUUCAAAAGUUUUAUACUGAAGAACUUCUUGCCGAAUUACGCCGAUUGUCUCAACUGCCUGAAAUUAGACGUUCAGUGAAGGCAAAGUAUCUACGACAUGUGGGCAGUUAUUCAUAUUCCCUGUUACUGAUGGAAAAUAAGAUUGGAAUGGCUGAAGACCACGCGGGGGUUCUGUUGGAGACUCUGCCCGGAACUUGUUACUACUGUGCUAAAUUUAUGAAACUCUCCGAGUGCACUCAGCAGGAAUACAUCAAUAUGAUAAACGGCCUUUAUGUGUCAGACCAUCUAGCAUAG